AGCUGUUUAUGUUUCAUUGAUGUUGUGGUUGUGAUUGUGAUACGCUCGUCGCUAACUAAGGCAUUGGGCAUUGUCCAGCCAGCCCGUCAGUGUAUUGCCGGUCUGCAUUAGUGUGAACACACUGAAUAUGUGCUUUUGUGUGAUCAUUAGAAGUAUCAUCAAUGAAAUGUAAAACCAUAUGUGCAUCCGAGGUGAUCUCAUUAUUUGAAGUAGCGCAGUCGAGAUCCAGUAUUUAGAGGAAGCGUCUAGCUUUAUCACAGGGCGGCCCGGGUAGGGAGUGGUGGGACGCAGUAUUAUUACUCUGAAAACUUAUCGCUUAGGAAGUGAGAACGCGUAUCUGGAGCAGGCUCGGGCAAUAAACGAGUCUUUCUUUAGCCGAGCGUUGUAUUAAACAGCACAUAAUUUAUGUGCCAGUGUACGAAAGUCCAUUGAACCGCGUACAUCAUGGAUCAAUCUGGAAAGCUUUUACAAUUAAUCACUUUACUAUUUUUAUUUGUCUCACACAGUAUAGCCGUUGAAGAUAUUAAAGUUAUUACUGUUGCCACUGACGAUAACCAUGGACUGCAGCGGUUUCUAAGAUCUGCCAAAGUUUAUGGAAUUGACGUUGAGGUGUUGGGAAAAGGCAAAGAAUGGUCUGGUGGUGAUAUGAAUUAUGCUGGAGGUGGCCAGAAGAUAAAUCUUCUCAAGGAGAAAUUGUCAGAAUUGAUGAAGUUGGAAAAUAAAAAUAAAAUCAUUCUGUUCACCGACAGCUAUGAUGUCAUGUUCAUUGCAUCAUUAGAAGACAUUGUGAAGAAGUUCAAAUCAUUCACUGAUACUCGUGUACUGUUCUCGGCUGAACAGUUUUGUUGGCCAGACAGUAAAUUAGCCGCGCAGUAUCCCAAGACUGAAGUAGCAAAUCCAUAUUUAAAUUCUGGCGGAAUCAUAGGAUACCUUUCUGAAUUGUUUGAAAUUGUAAGUCAUAAGCCAAUUAAGGACAAAGAUGAUGAUCAAUUAUAUUAUACCAAAAUUUACUUGAACAAAGAAUUGAGACAAAAGCUAAAAAUAUCUCUUGAUCACAACUCUGCAAUAUUUCAAAAUCUAAAUGGAGCUUUGUCGGAUGUUCAAUUAAAAACUAACACAACAGAAGAUUGGCCCUAUUUAGAAAAUGUUGCUACCAAAGAAAGACCCCUGAUUGUACAUGCAAAUGGACCUUCAAAGUUGACUCUUAAUAACCUGGGUAACUAUCUGGCCAAGUCAUGGUCCAUCAAAGAGGGGUGUGCGUUAUGUAAAGAGAAAAGAGUUGAACUAAAGGAUAACGAGCUACCUAGUGUGAUGUUGGCAGUCUUCAUUGAACAGGCCACGCCAUUUUUAGAGGAUUUCUUACAACAGCUAAUUGACAUAGAUUAUCCAAAAGGAAAAAUCCACCUUUUGCUUAGGAAUAAUGUAGAGUAUCAUGAGACUGAAGUAGAUGACUUUUUCCAAGCUCACUCGAAGGAAUAUGCCACAGCUAAGCGUAUAAAGCCAAGCGAUUUCAUCUCUGAGGCUGAAGCAAGAAACAUUGCCAAAGAUCGGUGCAUCAACAGCGUAUGCGACUACCUGUUUGCCAUCGACAGUUUAUCUCGGAUCAAAAGUAACACAUUGCGCCAUUUACUGUCGUCGGGGUAUGACGUCAUAGCACCCAUGUUAGUGAGGCCAGGUCAAGCAUGGUCAAACUUCUGGGGGGCCAUAAAUUCCGCUGGAUUUUAUGCCAGGUCUGCAGAUUACAUGGACAUCGUAUAUCAUGUAAUCAGAGGAACAUGGAACGUACCAUUUAUCACAAACUGCUACCUGGUGAAGAUUUCUGUGUUUCGGGUGCCAGCAGCCAAAUCUAUCACUUACUCCAAGGAGGAUGUGGAUCCAGACAUGGCAUUUUGUACAAGUCUAAGAGAACAUGGUAUAUUCAUGCACGUCAGCAACGAGCUGGACUUCGGGCACCUCGUGAACCCGGAGAGCUAUGACAUCAGCCGCACCCACCCGGACGUGUACCAGCUGUUCGACAACAAGAUCGAGUGGGAGGCGCGCUACCUCCACGAGGACUACGCCACCAGCCUACAGGAGGGCAACAAGCCGUUGAUGCCAUGCCCAGAUGUCUACUGGUUCCCGCUGAUGACCAAACGGUUCUGCAAUGAAUGGAUCGAGAUUAUGGAAAACUACGGACAAUGGAGCGACGGGUCUAAUAACGAUAAGCGCCUCGACAGCGGUUACGAGGCGGUGCCGACGCGCGACAUCCACAUGAACCAAGUCGGCCUGGAGCGCCAUUGGCUGCAAAUCCUCAAGGAAUACGUGCGACCGCUGCAAGAGAUGGUCUUCACUGGAUAUUACCACAACCCUCCGGUGUCUAUCAUGAACUUCGUGGUGCGCUACCGGCCCGACGAGCAGCCCUCGCUACGGCCGCACCACGACUCUUCCACCUACACCAUCAACUUGGCCCUCAACACCCCGAACGUGGACUACGAGGGCGGCGGCUGUCGCUUCCUCCGCUACAACUGCUCGGUGCGCGACACGCGGCCCGGCUGGCUCCUCAUGCACCCGGGCCGUCUCACACACUUCCACGAGGGGCUGCGGGUCACCAAGGGCACCCGCUACAUCAUGAUCUCCUUCGUCGACCCGUAGACUUCCGUCAAUCACAGAAGCUGUCCUGAUUGGCUUACGUAGCGCUAUUAAAUAUUAUUAUGCUAGUUGACAUCACCAAUCAAUCGCCUCUCUCAUAUACCGAAUCUCAUGAGUAACAAAUAGAAAAUUUGGUCUAUACUUCUCACACUAGCCAGAUUGACUCUUUUGAGCUAUCAAAAUGCCUGACGUCAAAUUUUACCACCACAACUGACUUACUUAUUUCACGCUCAAUUGAAAUUGAAAGUAUUGAUUUACGGUGUCAACUACACCCUUGUUACUGUGCUCUCGCAACGACUUGCCUCAAUCAGGAUGACGUCUCUCGGAACACGCGUCUCUAUGCCUACACGGCGUAUCAAUUAGCUAAUAUUUACUCACUUUUAUUUUUGUAUAAGGCUAGUUAUUAAUACUUCUAAUGUAGAAAUCAUUACAGUUAUUCACUGGCAGGAAAAACGGGACGACAGUAAUUGCAUUUACAGUAGAUGUAUCGCUUGUUGUAGUAAAA